AUGGAUCUUGUGCCAGUCAUCAUUGACCUCACGCAUGUAGGUGGUCAAUACUUUGCUUACCACAUGCCCAGGCACUGGGAUGCAGCCACAUUACUUGCGAAGUUUCAAACAGAGCUUGAUGUGGACCCGGACCAGGUGAACGUCCUAGUAGGUCCCACCUACCGACACUGCCCUGCAACAGAGCUUCUCAGCCUUUGCGCAGGACAGGCAGUUUUGGUCCUCCGGGCCACGAUACAGCCACCGCCUCCGUUUACGGGUUAUGGUUGCAUUGGCCAGUUGGAGACACGUGGUGCCCUGUCAGACCUCCCUGUGUCUCGCAAUCACAGCAAUACUGCGGUUUGGUUCCGGCAGCAAAUGCAUGUCCUUAACCCUAACUUAUUUCCAGGGCAGGACGUUACUGCAGUUCUCGCCACAAGAUACCGUACCUCCGAGUCCUGCCUCCACGUCACCAGUACACAAUACAUGCCCGAUCUUUCGGUCUUGGGCAGCCCAUGCGCUGCCAUAUGUGUCGUCGAGGAGACAGCAACGGAAGGCUUGUCUCACCCAGGUGCCGACCCCACAGACCCCCGUCAGGCUGCCGUCCUAUGUGACUUAAGACCCAUGGGCCUUCCACCACAAGUAGUCCAUGUUGAGGCACAUGAUGCGGCCUUCACUCAGGUAUGGCAGGCCUUAGCACUGCCCAGCCUUCCAGGCUGGCAAAUUCGUAUUGGUGAUCGGCCUGACAGUUGCAAUCAGCAUUCGGUAGGCAUGCCUUAUUUGUCAAUUCAGGCUGUUGCUAGCAGGGACCCGACGCCCAUCAUUGUUCCAGGAGCCUCUGUUAACGGUUUGCAUUAUGGCUCCAACGAGUUGGCUCUUCAAAGGUCAUCACGGCAAACUGCCAUACAGAGGUUCCGGCCACACAGGCGCCCACACACACAGGUUGCUCCUGCUUCCGACUCUGAUACCAGCGACAACGGGUCCCAGCACAACAUGAUUGAAGGUCAGGUCCUGGUUCUGACGCUAGGAUACAUAGGCAAGGUCUUUGACAUUGAACUAAGGGCCCCUGCCACUGUUUCCGAGUGUAUCGAGGCUGUACGUCGGGAGGUGCCCAGUGGCCUCUAUGUUUACUUCCCCAACCUUGUUGAAGUCAAACCCCAAUUAUCAGACCAAUGGGCCACCGUUCUUGCACUACCUUGUUGGACAGCGGAGGCCAGCAUCGUUGUACUUGACUUAAGCCAGAUCGACGGACGCAUUUUUGCCGCCGAGUUCCCGGCCGAGGGCACUCACGCCAGCCUGUGUGCUUUGGCACGACUCCCUGCGGGAAGUGCCUUCGACAUAUAUGCGUAUGGUGCCACGAUCCCUCUUCUCGAGGAGGGCAUACUACCAGCAGUACCGCAUGGCAGCAUACAAUUCGUGCCUGGCGGCGAGGCCCCAAUGCACACCCCGUCUCUAGCUAGCAUGCUGAGUUCAGCCGAUGGCUGGGACCCAGAGGCCCACAUACCCAGGGGACCUGGGGGACAUCGGGGCCCCUUUCUCUGUGCAGUCCUCGAAGACGGGAACCGGUUAUAUCAGAUAAAGCCAAGUAAAGGCCAGCACUACACCGACGACCUUGCAGCAGAGUUCGGCAUUGCCCCACACUGGACCACAGCCCAGAUCACCUACCCACGUGUCCAUGAUGCCGGUUUUUUGGGAUAUCGUUGUAGGGGCAUAGCUCUGAUCUCUGCGCUCUUUCCCAACGUGCCGGUCCCGCCCGCACGUGCCACACCGGGCAAUUUUCUCAUUGCUCUGGAUUGCCGGGCCUUGUUUCAAGGUUGGCACCAAUAUCUCGUACAGGACUACAUAUGUUCCCGUUCCGACAUCUCCAGGCGCUUUCAGGUCUUUGCACCGGCAGGAUUUCAAGUCCAAAUUGAUGGGGUGGGUCUCUCCGAUGAUGGUGAUAACAUAGUGGUUACCAAGGGCCAAAUCCUGACCGUACACUGGGUACCUCAAGAAGCAGAACCCGGCAGCGAUUAUGAUUGUCACUCCGCAGGGCCAUCAUCUCAAUCUGUCGGCGACCUCUCUCCAGCCUCCUCAGCAGAGGCUCGUCCACUCUAUGGACAGCCCAGUCCUUCGGCCCGCGACCGCAGUCGCUCACCUUCCAGACCAGGCUUUUCGAGUCGGAGCUUGGCAUGUCACCGCUCAUAUAAGGGGCAGUACACUGCAUCUCCUCUCAAGCUUGCCUGGCCCCCAUGGCUACGGCCACUUGGACCUGACAAGUUCCUGACCAGGCUACCUGCCUGUUCGGAGUCAGACUAUUGUGCAUACGCUCAGAACCUCGUUGAGCUCACAAUACCUCAGGUACAGCACAAGUUACUCCAGGAGCCUCACUCUUCAAGGCCUUCUCUGCGGUGGGCUCUGGCCGCAGUCCGUGCAAUUGCACAAGACAUGGGCCAGCCCUGGCGGUAUAUUCCUCACGAGGAUGCCGCUUUUCUGGACUUGAAUGGCUCCCCAGAGACCUCUGAGGCCGAUACUGAUGACGUAAGAUGGGUAAGCUGCCUCGUUGUCACGCCGGACUACAAGUCCGAAGCGCACACAAUUGCAGUAAGGUUUCCCAGUUCUGUAGCAGACAUCACUAUAGCGCUGGCCAUUGCUAGACAGCCUAGAAUGAACCAAUGGUUCCCCUCCUUGAUCCCCGCCCACCCCCAGACUCUCGUGAACACAGGGGUUUGGUUGGCCUGUCCAGCUUUUCAGCCUACAGCCAAUCUGGUUUGUCUAGACACUUCAGCCAUAGAUGGUAGAGUGUUUGCCCGCGAGGCUCCGCAGUACGCAGACAUUUCCCAACUACUCGAGCUCGCACAGGUCCCUGAGACCAUCCGCCCUACCGUCUGGACAGGUUGGCCAUUGGCGCAAUUAGAUGCCACGGCCCAGGUACACAUCCUAUCGGGCGCUACCUUCGUCUUCAUGGCCUACGGCGAGGAACCAGAAGAGGCUCAUGCGCUCGAUGCGCUUCUCGACUGGCCGGACUGGUGGCACGAGUCAGGCAGCGCGCAUACACCAACACUUGGCAGCACCUAUGGUGUUGUGCAUGGGUCGCGUAAUCUCCCCUUCGUUGCAGACAUGCGCGUUCCUGCUACCUACAGACGCCAGCUUGCGCAAUGCAUUGACGUUGCGGCUGGCGUAGCCUUCCUAUUUCUGGUGAAUGCAUUUCGCUUUGCAGGCUUCUCCAGCAACAGCAGGCCAGGCCAGGUUUUUGUCUUGGCCCCAACAUCGGAUCCUAUUGCCCAUCCCUCCUCGGCAGCUGACUCAUCAUCGACGAGUCUGCCACAUAACCCACCUAGCAGUGUGAGCGAUGAUGCUGGCUCAGCCGAUGUUUUGGAUUCUCUGGCAGUGCCACCGGGCCAUCCUGUGCAAGUCGGUGACCACAGCAGUGAACCGGAUGUUACCUCCCUGGCAGGCGACUUCAGAUUGGGUCGAUUUCUCAUCUUUGCCGUUGAUUUCGCCCCGGAAGCGCUUGAAGUUCCCGUUUUGGCUGCCUUUCGGGACAUUGACGCUAGCACCCGUGCUCCACGGCUUUUGCCCGUUAGCCAUCAACACCGCCAUGAUGUUGGAUUCCUGUUGGCCCUCCCGCUAUGGGACACGUCCAGGAUUGUGGUCUUGUUCCACGACCUUGUCAAUGGUGGUCGUCUAUACGCAGAGGCCGUACCACCACUGCCCUCUCGCACGGAUCUGCUGGCAUGCUCAGGUUACGAAGGUGAUGAGCCCCACCUUGUUUUCAUCCGAGAUUCAGUCUGGCCACUCGCGAGCGCCCAUACUGUAACCUUGCGCCACGGUGAUCUGGUCACGGUUACUACCGUCGAACAAGGCCCCGGACGCGUGCAAACUCUGGCAGAUAUCCUAGCACAUACUAUGGUCGGUGAUCCCUCACUGUCCCACUUCGUCUUGCCAGGACAGCACGAUGACGUGCUUCUUCUUCUUUCAGGCAAUCAUCCUAUGGACUUCCCUAUUGACAGAGCGCGCACUGCCGCACUGCGCCAUGACAUAGGCCAAGCCCUCCAGGCCUGCCCUGCCCGGAGUCACGAAUCUGAUGAUACGUCCUUUUCUUGCCUCGGAGCUUUGAUGGGAGACAGGCCAGGCCCCUUCGUGAUGGGAGCACCGCCUCAGCAAGGUAUCACGGCUCCGAAGGCACCUUUCCCCCUGACACGACCAGACACUCUCCUGGCACUGGAGCAGGGUCUCAACCAGUGCCAGGACGUCCAUUGCCUGGACACAACACUCAGUCUGCAGCCACAUGCCAUGUCACGGCGCGGAACACAGCGGUCGCCAGAACCGGUCGCCCCAGCCUGCCCGGGCACAAGUUCAGUCGAUCGAGUAGCCAUGUGGCCAGCGCAUUGCAAGCCUCCCGUCCGUCCUACCGGACCUGCGCUGGACACCCCUGUCCUCUCGACUGACGGUGCGCUAUCUCUCAAUGCACUUCUUCCUACCCCGACGGAGGACAGCCAAGCCACACCUGACUGGUUAGAUAGUGACCUCAGUUUUCUCAUCGCCGAUGUUCAAGUGCCUUCGGCGAAGCGCUCUCAGUUCGCCAACAUCCAGUCAUGGCAUCUCAUGCCCGACCACACUUUGCUGCAGGCCCUCGUCGUCUAUACUGACGGGUCGGCACCAGGAGCGAAGCCCGAACAUGGCACACUUACAUGUGGCUCUUGGGCCUUCUCUGUCUGGGCGCAGAUCCCACAAGGACACUGCCUGGUUGGGCACGCCAUGGCCCUUACACAGGCGUGGCUCUGGCUGGCUGGCCGGCAUAGCCCGAAUGUCCCGACGCUUUUCUCCUUGGAAAGUGUCACCGCCACCGAGGUGGGUGAGCCUCUGGUCCAGGCCAUCUCCUUUCUGUCCUAUAAUGUUCUUACCCUCAUGGAGACUCGAAUCAGUUCAACAGAAGUUCUCCCUGAUGCCGACUACUGGAUGAUCCACUCGGCUGCAAGUGCAGAUGGACACCACGGCGUCGCACUCUGGAUAAGCCGCAAUGUGCCCUAUGCAGUCUGUGGCAUAAAGAAGUGGUUUUUUGCAAAAGACCAUUGUACUGUCACGGGCUACUCGCCCCGCCACUUGAUCGUCCAGCUCAAUGCUCCCCACCUGUGCUGGACUGUUUUAGUGUGCCAUGGGCCAUCUGAGCCUCCCGCUGCCUCCGGCACUGCUGCUGCUUUCUGGAACAUGUGCCGACGUGACCUUGCCAAAAAACCUAAGCACUCUGAGCUUAUUGUUUUGGCAGACGCCAAUGCCCACUUGGGGUCCAACUGCUCGGCCUCUGUGGGUAGUGUUGCACCGGAGAUUGAGACAGCCUCCGGCACCGCAUUCCAUGAGUUCUUGGCAGAGCACGAGCUUUUCCUACCAGCCACGUUCCCGUCUGUACAUGCCGGCCCUUCGCAUACUUGGGUCACAGUCUCCGGCACGAGCCAUCGACUGGAUUACAUUGCCGUGCCACAGCAGUGGCCUCUCGACAGUGUCUCUUCUACCGUGCACUAUCAGUUCGAAAGUUUGCAACUUAGUGUUGACCACUAUCCUGUGCAGCUGACUUGUAGUCUUACUGGACGCAGUCCCGACGCCGACUUUUCCACCUUCCGGCGCAAGGCCGUCCGGCCUGUUGCCAGUCGGCCCAAUACAGGAUAUCUCUGCGCCUUGGCUACGUUCACCCACAGCGCGGAUAUGCAAUGGGACGCACAGGUUGACGACCAUUUUGCUGCCCUGAGCAGCGCAUGGGCGUACAUACAGCAAGAUACCCUUGCACUGGUGCAUCAGCGGCAACAGAUUGCCACCCUGACUCAACAAUUGGACCGGGCUGGGGCGGAUAUCCGCCGCCUCAUUAAGCGAGACCGCGUUGAGUACCUGCAUUCCCUCGUGAAACGCGCUUUCCCUGCGGCUUCGGCACAGCGACGUCAAACUUUCCAGCCAGUGCCUGCCAUUCAGGAUGCCAACGGAGAGCUCGCGGAUGGUGAGCCCAUUGAUGCUCAGGAUUACCCGGCCCGCUUUGCCCAACAACGAGAGUUACUGCAGCUCUCCCCUGCGGCCUCCGCACGCGUUCUAGCGCAUGCGGCACUUCAAUGUAGCAAGUUCCGGGCUAUACUCUUGUCUUCCGUGCCGGGCAAGCUCUACCACCGCCAUAUUAGGAGCUGCCUUUGCAAUCAUCUCCCGGCCGAAGACUUGCAAGCCGGGGCCGUUCCAGGGAUAGGGACCGAGGCCAUCGCCCUUGCAGCCCGGGUCUUUCAAGCCACGGCGCAAGCACGCCGACGGUCCUGGGGACUGGUUUUUUACGAUGUCAAGGCUGCGUUCUAUCGAGUUAUCCGCCAGCUUGUCGCGCCAGCCAGCGAUGACGACCGUCAUAUCCGUAAGUUCUUCCACGUCCUGGGAGUUCCCCCAGUGGCACUGCAUGAGCUUGCGGACCACCUCUCACGACUGGCAGCGAUUCCCAGAGCAGGUGCUAGCCCACAUCUGACGGCAAUAGCGUCAGACAUUAUGCAGGGGACAUGGUUUAGGAUAGAUUCCUCUGCUGUGCUUACCCUCACGCAUGUAGGGACACGACCCGGAGAUAGCCUUGCUGAUGUAUUUUUCGCAUUUGCCUUUGCGGCUUAUCUCCGCGCGUCAGACGUUGCUCUUACGGAACGCGGGUUAGCCACAGCAACACCCGCUCUUUGCUCCACCCCUCCAUGGGGCAAGGAACCCGUACCCUCUAGCCUAGGUGCCGGGGCCUGGGCAGAUGACUUUGUGCACUUUCACGAACAGGCUGACAAUGCUGGCCUGGUACCCCAACUAGUGCGGAUAGUCACGGUUUAUGUGGAAAGGGCGGAUACCAUAGGCAUGCAGUUGACCUUUGCCAGGGAGAAGACUGCCGCCAUGCUGCAGCUUGAGGAGGUCCCCGAGCCAGAUCGCUCUCUCAUACAGCAUGGACCCGGAGGACCUUUCCUGAUGGGGCAUAGCGCGGCCUAUGUCGCGUUAUGGCGGGUGCUGCUGCGGCGACAGCCGCAUGAAAAGACACCACACGCCUACACGGUUCUCCUACGUGCCGCAGCCCCCUCCCCUCCACUUGCCCUGGCUUUGGCCCGAGCAGCGCUGCUACGCCAGAUUGUUGGCCAUGGCCCGCCAACUCUGCGUCAGCUCUUGUGGAAGCAGUGGGAAGUUGAGGCUGACUCUUCCUGGCUUGGCCAGAUCGUUAAGGACAUCCGACACGUCGCACAGUAUAAUCCUGUUGCUGAGGUCCUCCUUUCCACUGGCCGUCCACUUCACGUGCUGCUUGAGAAACUGCAGGAGCAACCCACCUGGUGGACCAAAGUCCUUAAAGGGGCAGCUGCCAAAUGGCACCAAGAUCUGGAACACUGGGAGCAGGCCAGAUCCGCGGAGACUGCCGCUUCAGGUGAAGCUGCAGACCAGAUCGACGCCCCCCCGCCUGCCUUGCCCUUCUCUUGCCACCUCUGUCAAGCUGCCUUCCCUUUGCGUAAGCAUUUGUGGGUACACUACGCUCGAAAGCACAAUGUCAUUACACCCACGAGGGCUUUGGCACAUUCCGACACGUGUGUUGCCUGCCUUAGGCACUACAGCAAUGUGGUCGACAGACAGACAGACGUGGCUGCAACGCAGAAUAGGCUGCAGGAUGCGAAGAUGGCGGCCACGGCGGCAAGCCGGGAGACACUGCCCCGUGGCAGUCUCCGCAACAUGGAAGCAGCCAUUGCCGAGUCGAAGGAAAUCGACCCCAGCUACCAUGGGCACAUCCGGGAUGACGCCAAAAGCUGUUGGAUCUCCUUCCCGGGGAAGUAUGCAGCAGGCUGGGAAGCUCUGGUGAAGGAGUUUCACCUUGACUCCGUGGCCUGUGUCUUUCUCUGCUCCCCUGCGGACGGCCUGGGGAAGCACGCGGAUGAUCCCCAGAAUCCGGGGAAGUGCUACUGUGCACGGAUAUAUGGCGAGCGCGACUUUAGGGCCUUCGGCUACCUCUCAGUCCUCAAUGCACCUUACACUGACGACAGAAUCAAGAAGCACUGGGAGAAAGCCGCUGCAAUGAACGCGGUCCCCAUCCGUCAAGACGCAACCGAUGAGGAGAAGGAAGAAGCUACGAAGAGAGCUGAAGAGCAGUGGGAGAAGAUGGGUCGAACAGCCUCCUGGGGAUGUACCUGGUACAAGCGCUGGUUCGACCUGGUAUGCACGGCCGUUGAGAAGAAGCAGCGGCUGAAGGCAGUCUUCUUUCCCGGGCAGGUGGGUUCCGGGAUUCCCAGCAUGGAGGACCUCUCUGACUGUGAGGUUGACCUCUGGGACGGGGUCGGAUGUGGUGGCUCGCAGAAAUCCGAGCUGGCAACGGCGAAGCUCAUGCAGAAGCAAAGUCCCGGAUGGGACUAUGAGGAGGUGGAUGUUACGGCUUUUCUCAAGAAUGAGUUUCCCCCGGGUGCGCAAGUGGAUGCUCUGCAUGAGACCGAAGCUGACUCCAGAUGGCGCAAGGGCAUCGUCGUAAAGCAGACGGAAAAAGUGACUGCAACCGAGUCCGGCGAUGAGUCCACGGAGUUUGUCUGGCAGAUCAAGUGUGACGAUGACGCUGGAGAAAUCUUUCAGGCCGCCCAAGUCCGACACCUCAACGUGGCGGUUGAGCAGCUCUUGCAGCGCUGGGGGGACAUCCUGGAGCCCGCCUUGCGCCGAUGCCUGGCCGACGUGGAACUGCGCCCUCCCACCGCCUGCCGCCUCCGCAGCGGCAGCCCGGCGCUGAGCAUCGGCAUUCAGAUUCCCAACGUCGAGGUGCUCCUCGCGCUGAGAGAUCGCGUCUUGAGCGGCGACUUCGAUCGGAGCGUCAACGAAGGCCUGGCGCGCGCGGCUCCGGAGUUCAAGGUGAAGUUCGACAAGAGCCGUCUCUUCGAGCUCUACGAGGAUAGCCUCCUGGGGCUGAAGGAGUUGACCGAUCAUCAGCAGGUGAAGCUGAAAGAGAUGGAGGGCCUCGGCGACGUUCAUCUCUCUGCCCCAGCGGGUGCGGGAAAGACCUUCGUCGCGGUGCAGCAUGUGCUCGAGCAUCUCAACACCCAUCCCUCGGCCCGUCUGCUCUACGUCGCUCCCUCCGGAAAUCUUGGCCUUCACUUUAUUCGCUGGCUCUCCAUGCGACUUGCAUCGCGAAAGCCUCACAGCGAGCCGGGGCUCGUGCAAAGCAGGAUCCAGCAGGUGCUCUCCAGAAUCACUCUGUUGCACAGCCCGUUUAAGCAGUUUCAGCGGCCUUCCCUGGACGGUGAUCGCAUACUCCGACGUGUGGCCGAACCCGACGCAGAAAAGUGUGACAUGGUGGUCUACGAUGAAAGCCAUCACAUCUUCUCUCUUCCGCCUGAAGAACUCGGCUCGACGCUGCUCCCAAGCCUAUCGGCAGAGCGCCGACUGCUCCUGUCAGAUGAGUCGCAGUCCUCUUCGGUGAGCCAGACCUAUCCCGACAUGGCAAGGGUGAGACUUUCCGAGGUGGUCCGCAGUACUAAGCGCAUAGUCACAGGUGCAGCUACGUUUCAGCUGAACGCACAGCGGGAAGACGCUGUGAGGUCUUUGGGCUCUGCCGGACCGCCCCUGAAGACCUUCCUCUUCGACCCGGUGGGAGAGGACCUGCCCAAGGCGUAUGCAGAGCAUAUCAUCAAAGCACUCUGGCAUGUGGCAAAGACAUUCCCUGAAAUCAGCUUGCAUGGGCGUGUCGCCCUCCUCGUUCCUGACUCCGAUAGCUGCAAGAACAUCAAGCAGGUCUUGCAGAAGCAUCUGAGCCGCGAGUUCCCGCAUCGCUCGCUGCGCCUCGUGACCUUCGAGGAUUCACUUUGCUGCUUGCCGGAGCGUCUGCUCGGCCGAAGCAAGCAGGCAAAGCAGGAGAAUAUUGUUCUCGACACCGUGGACAAUGCAGAUGGCUUGGAGCAGCUUGUGGUCGUUUGUGUUGGGCUGGAUGCUCCUAUUCAGCGCCAAAUGGGAGACUUACAGACACGCUCACGGCUGUAUAGAGGUUUAACGCGGGCGCAACUCUUGGCUAUCGUGGUCAAUGAAAGGGUGCCGGAAGGUUGGCUAGAAUUUCUGGGCAUGGUGACAUUCUCCGAAUCCUCUGAUGAAGCAUCGGCAGAGAAGGAGUCAGUCCAGAACAUCCAAAAGGCCGCGGCCCGAGUGCAUGAAGAAGCUUUGGAGAUCUGCAGGGGUCGUGCAGAGACCCGUGGUGCCCCCGCAGGCACCGGUGCAGUCGCAGGUGCAUCCCAAACAAGUGGCGAUGACACAGAUUUCGUCAAGAGCGCUCAGCCGGACGACGGUGCACAGUGGCCCAUGCACGAGACCUCGACAGUCUGGGAUACCAGUGGCAACACAAUGUCAAAGCCGACGAGCUUGCUCUUCAACCCGUUUCUCUCCACGGAUGAGGCGAGAGACACGGAAGGAAGGACUCCGGCCAGUGUGGCAGCCAGAUUUGGGCCUUUGGAGACGCUGAAGGCGAUGAAGGAGGAGGACAUACCAGACGGCACGAGCGCCCGCAUGGCGGUGUUCUCUAUGAGAUUCAAUGAUGCAGAGACGGUGAUGAAAUUCCGUCGAGUACACCGGCUGCUAAAGGAGCGGAACUACCCGGUGCUACUGCCAGAGGCAGCAGCCAUGACGCUGCCCCACCUGAAUCGACUCGUUCAGAGCAAGGGCGUGCUGCUCGCCGUGUGCUCGGACGAUUAUGGCGAAAUGGAGGCCCCAGAGAAACCGAGCAAACCUAUCGGAGGAAUGACCGUCAACGAGUUCUUGCAUGCGAGCACGAAUCGGGUGAACCGCUCCUCACAUGAGGAGCUCCAGUUCGCCUGGUCCCGGGAUAUCGAGAUUUUCCCCCUGAGGCUUCGUGACGACUGGCCCCCAAGGGCCACCUUCGGCCCAGAUCACCCCUACGACAAGGACGGCAUGGCCGAUGCCCUCCUCGCCGCAACAAUUCCAUCCAGCAAGAUUUAUGUGGAGUGCCGGGGGGAAUCUGAGAACUGGAUCGCUGCCCAGAUCGCGAGGAAGUUGCGUGGCCCUUGA